CAAUUUUUGCGAUAAAUACUCGAAUAAUUUAGCUGAAAAUAUCGUAAAAGUGUAGUAAAGUGUCGAAUUUAUAUUUGGAAUAUAAAAAAUUGUGCAGAAAUUGAGAAAUACACAUGAAAAAUGGAUGAUUUUGCUUUGAGAAUGUUGGAAAAAGCGGAGAAACGGAGCAAGGAACUCGGUUUAUCAGCGCCUUCGCCGCGACUUCCGUUGACGGAUUCAAAUUCCGAUAAUGGCAACAACGAUGCAGCAGUGAAAAAAAGCACUGUCGAUACCUACAACAGCAGUCCGCGUUCAACAACGAAAGUUACGCGACAAUUUUCGACGUCAGACAAAGGAAGCAAGGAGAAUGACGUCGAAAUUAAUAUCACCGCACCCUCAAAUGUGCAGGUCGACGUAGAGAUUUCCGAAUGCGAAGUUGACGAACAUGGCAACGAAAUUUACAAAGAUGCAUCUUCCGAGACGUCGUCUGAGGCGAAAGCAAUUGCUCCUCGCGACACUCCUCGCGGGCAUUUGCAAAGAUUGGGCGCUUUAUAUGCCGACAAAGACAUUUCGUCGCCCAUUCAUCGCAACGAGGACAAAUUUCACGAAGGUUUGAGUGAAAAUUCGUCCCGCCCACGCACAAAAUUCACCCGUUUAGCUGCUUUGGCGAGCGAAAUCAACAGUUGGGAAGACGAUCCGUCGCAUCCGGACUACAAACAUCAUCGCAAAACGAUAAAUGCGAAUGGAAGUCCCCGCAAAGAUAGUUACGGUAAGAAGAAAGCAGCGCCAAUGCCUCCAAAUGUGGCUACUUCGAGCCCGAAAAAGCCUCUUGUGAGUCCCGUGAAGCCCGUUGUGAGCCCGAGACGCGUAAUUCCUGACAUUUCUUCGAAAAAUGCGGAACAACAACGCGAAGAUGCACGCACAAAAUACGGCGCAGGCACCAAAAACCUCGAAUGGGACUCGAAAGUGAUGUCAAAUUUGGAGCAACAGGGAUUCAAACGUCGCGAUACGACACAUCAACGACUUGUAUACGAAUUUAACGAUGAAAAAAAGGAACAAAAAAAUGAAAAAGACGAUGUCGAUGCGAAAAAAUCCGUUGCAUCACGUUAUAUCGAGCAACGUGAAAUGCCAAAAGCCGCAGAAAAGAAAGCAGCUCCUUCAACCAGCAAAGGAAUCGUCUCCGGACGUGCUGCGAUGUUCGAUAAACCCAAACGGAAAUCCAUAAUGGGCAAAGAUCCCACGGAAUUGUCACUCAAGGAACGCAUGGCGAUCUUUGAGAAGAAUAAAGAGUUCAUUCCUGUGCCAAAAGCACCAAUUACGCUCGCAGCUCCCGUCAAAGCAACGAAAUCCAUGCCAAUUAAACCAACUACGGUUCAAACUCGCGUCGAAAUUAACAAGAAAAUUGAUGAAGAAGAGGAAAUUGCGCCGACUCCGGUUCAAAAAAGUACUUCGACAGUCGAUGGAUCAUCGUCGCGCGAAAUGAAAGGACUCGGAUUGGGCGUUUUAAGCACCGUAGCUAACUUAAUGUCGAAAGGCCCGACAAUUUCCGAGGCGAAAAUCUCACAGGAGAUCCGAAAACAGCGCGAAGAGGAAAUGGAUUUGCUCUUAAAUCGUCACAAGUACAAAGAACCUACGUCAGAACGUCGUUCAGUGCCUCGUGCUCCUCCAUUGCCGCCCGCGGGAUAUCUUUCCAGUCCCGGAUCGAGCUUGAAUAAACGUAGAAGUGGUGACGACGCAAUUUCUCCCGAAGUAAAAUCCACGCUCGAAGACGUUAAGAGAAUUCGUGUCGCUCCCCCGAAGGAAGGGCAUCUUUAUCCGGCAUUAUCGGAUAUCGAGUCAGCUAAUACGGAGUCAGAUAAUGAGCAAUAUGCCACAGCUUCGGCUUCGGAUGAGGGCGAGCAUUUGUUCCAAGUUGGCGAACAUCGUUUGAGUGCGCAACAAAUUAUUCGGCGGCAAUCGAUGACAGUAACUUACGAUGACGACAGUUACAUGGAUUCAACUGAUGCCGACGACGAUAACAUUUGUAACAGCAGUCUUGGGCGUGAAGUGAUGCAUACUGUGACAAAUCGUCGUUCAAACAAUCGUCGAUCAAGUCACAACAAGAAUCAAAGUCUCCAGAGUUCCGCAAGUGAAAUUUCCGACGUUCUCGGUGACAUGGAUCAAUACUUGGAGGAAGCUCUCGACGAAUCUGAUGACGAAAGUGAGGAUUAUUCAACCCCGAAAAAAGGUUCAAUCUCUUCCAACAGUUUCUGUUACGACAAAAACCCCAAGAAGCAAGUUCAUUACCAAACAAUCGACGAAGAGAGCGAUGCAUCGUCAAAUGUCGAGUCUUACAAGAGUCCUGUCAAGUCAGAACUUACUGUGAAUCCCUCGGAUGACAACAAUAUGGUGACUCUCGUUCAUACUGUGAGUUUUUAUCGCAAGCAACAAACGCAAAACGCGACUCCGGUACGAAAAAUCACAAAACCCAUCAGUGCCAUUGAUGCUGCGGAGAAAAAAAUGGAAUACGAUUACUCCGACGAUGACGACGAGAGCUGUUAUGGACGCGCCAACGACAAUCAAGUGCAGGAAAAGAUCAAAAAGUUGCUCGACGAGGUCUGCAAACAACAAACGAUCAUCUCACAAACGAGCCAAGCUCUGAAUUUAUGCGCCGCAACAAUCGAAUUCAGCGGAUCAACGGAAUCCGUGGAAGGCGAACGUCAUUUACUCGUUGCCACGCAUCGUCGUCAAGCUUGUUUGGAUGAAGUUCAACGAUUGCGAGUCGAGGGAUGUUUAAGACCCGAAAAUGCCCCCACGGAAAAAGGGCGUUUGACAAUUCGUGACAUUACAGUUCCUUUGAAGCAAGAUUACAUCCGAAAAUUGGCAACAGACGCCAUUUCUGGGCAUCAUCUCGUUUGUUUGUUGAAAUAUAAUGAGACAGUGCUCGCUACAAAAACAGUCCCGACGUUGCCUGGAUUGCUCGGCGUUAAAUUUCCCGAUGUUUUGACCUUGAAUAAUGUUUAUGCUGACUUCAAGAUCACAAUGGAAAUUUAUGGAAUGACAGCACAACGCGAAGUUUUGCCGCAUGAGGUCAAAUAUCACAUUUCUGUUGGGAAAAAGGGCUCGAGCAAGAUGUUGACACCCAAAAAUAAGAAGGAUAAUCGUUUAGUUAUGCCCCCAGUACAGUCUCCGGCAGGACCGAACGCUGUUAGGACACCAGCUUUGAUCCAAUAUGGAUUUAUAAUCUUCUCUUUGAAAGAAAUUCAACGCACAACAUGGAGUUUGAACUCGGUUGGCGGCGUCAGUCCAUUGGAAGGCUCGGUGCAUAUGCGUGUCAAUUGCGAAUUGUCUGUGAACAUCGAUUAUCGCGGCUUCCUUACGAUGUACGAAGAUGUCUCCGGUUUCGGGGCAUGGCAUCGUCGUUGGUGUCGUCUCAAGGGAAAUGUCAUCAAUUUCUGGCUCUAUCCCGAUGACGAGAAGAAAAAGGCGCCCAUGGGCUCCAUCGACCUUCAAUCGUGCAGCACACAAAAGGUAACAACUGCCCCGCGUGACAUGUGUGCUCGCAUGAACACUCUUAUGCUUGAAUUCAAACGCCCCACGCAAGAAGGCGAUUACGAGUCGCUCACGAUGGAACUGAUGAAAGACUCUCGAGGGAAUCGCGUAACUGUUACACGACGGUUUUUGUCAGCUGACACGAAGGAAGAACGCGACGAAUGGUGCAACCAUUUAAAUAAAACCUUGACAUUGCUCCGUGCUUGGGGUAGCAAGAAUCCGCAAUCGAUUAGCGUGUAAUGGAAACAUCUUAAUUGUUUGUU